AUGGCAGACCCAUCAACACCGCUAACAGUACUCUGCAACAUCUGCCACAGCGCACCACCCAAAUACACCUGCCCCCGCGACGCCGUCCGCACCUGCAGCCUCGCCUGCUCCCAAUCCCACAAACGACGCGCCGCCUGCACCGGCAUCCGCGACCCAGCCGCCUACGUCCCAAAAUCCUCUCUUCAAACCUCCUCAGGCAUUGAUCGAGACUACAAUUUUCUCAGCGGACUCGAACGUAAUAUCGAUCGCGCCGACAAAGACACCUCUGAGCGAGGGGUUGCGCUGGAUGGGAAAGGCAAAGCGGUGUUCCAGAAAAGAUGGCAUGAUAACGGUGCGUUGGGGAGGUAUUUGAAGGAUAAUGGGAUUGUGGUGCAUAAAGCUCCGAUUGGAAUGGCCAGGCAAAAGGCGAAUCAGACGAGGUUUAUUGCGAAGAGCAAGAGGAUUGUGUGGAGUGUGGAGUGGGUUGUGAAUGGUGAGAAGAAGGUGGUUGAGGUGGAUGAGAGCAGGACUUUGGAGGAGGCGUACAGGGAGUUGAUGGUGGAGAAGGAGCGGGAGAGCAAGAAGAGGAAGAGGAUGCAAGAUGAUGCGGCUUCAAAAGCGCAGAAGCAGAAGGUGCACGAAGAAAAACUAGAGGUUGAGGAGACGACGGUGGAAGCUGCGACAACGAGAUCGGAAACCGCUCCAGAUUCAGAAGGCGCAACAAGCACUGCCUCUACAGCCGCACCUUCCACAGACGAAGCAAAGACGACAGACGCUCCUCAAGAACAACAACCAUUCGAAGCCGCUUCAUCACCACAAGAAACCACCCACUUCUACCUUCACAAACCACACACCUCAUCAACCAACACAGUCCUCAUACCUCUCUCUCCAACCUCCACCCUAACGUCCUCCCUCACUCAAAACCACGUCCUCGAGUUUCCCACGAUAUACGCCUUUACCACCACCGCAAACGCCCCAGAGUCAACAGAUCCGUUGCCGACAGGCUUCAUCACUGUCCAGCAAUACACCCAAAACAUCACAGACGAUGAUAAAGAAUUACAAGGGUUAAUGUCGUCUAUACCAAAAGAACAGAGGAAAAUCACUUUGAAUGGAUGCAUUCUCGGUGGUGAGGAAGAGAAGAGGCAACAGGUGGAUGAGAAAGAGGUGCUUGAGAUGUUACAACGAGAUGCUGAUGCCUUGAAGCAGUAA